AUGUUUGGGGGCGGAAAUUGGAGCGGCUGGGGGGAUUACAUCCAGGCAAAGACUCACAAAGUCAACGAACAGCUGCAACGCUCCCUCGCCUCCGAGCGUGCGCGCGAAACCACCAGCAGCAGCAGUUCCAGCAGCAGCAGCAGUUCCAGCAGCAGCAGCAGUUCCAGCAGCAGCAGCAAUGACAGCAGGGAGGCUUCUUGGUGGAAUAAGUACAUAGAACGUCCUUCAUCUCUUUUUAAAUCUCUCACAUUUUACAUUGAUGGUCUGCAGCGCCUCGAAUGCGCUGAAUUGAUCUCUACCGGGUACUGCAACGGGGCGCCGAGUUUGGGGGGGCCCGAAGGGGCCCCCCUUGGGGACCCCGGUGGAGGCGUAUCGGGUGUCCUUCCUUCUAGAGGACCCCCUGAUGGAGCCUGUGGAGGACCCACUAUUGCUUCUGUUAGAGGUUCUGGUGUACGUGAGGCGGUGAUUGAGGCUGUACAGCUGAAGAGGGUUUUGGUGGCUCAUGGAGGACAGAUAUCGCUUACUAUGGGAAAGGGAGUGACACACAUUUUAGUUGAUAAUAUUGCACUAGGAAACCAAAAGUGGAAAAAGCUCAGAGAUAGAGGGGGCACUGCACGGAGUUAUGUAGUGGUGAGAUGUGGCUGGGUCUUCUCUUCAAUUGAAUCGGGGCGACUUCUCUCUCCUACUCUUUUUAGACCAAAAGGUCUGCAGCUCAACUGUCAGCCGCUGCUGCGGCGCUUGUUACCCCCAGGAGCAGGGGCGCUCACACAUUUCCAGCAGGGGGCCCCGAGUCCAGCAGCAGGCGGGCUUCCACACCCGCAACAGGGGGCCCCCAGUCCCACAACGGGGGCCCCGUCACCCUGGCAAGAGCCACGAAAUGCUCAAGAGAACGUCUCCACGCAUUCACGAAACAGAGAAAGGCAGAAAGCAGGAUCUCGAGAACCCAAUGCUGCAGCAGAUCCAAAUGCUGCUGCGGCACCCACUGCUGCUGCAGCAUCCGCUGCCGCUGCAGCGCCUGCUGCUUCUGCCGCUGCGAGAUUGUGUUCGCCUCCUGCUCAUGCUAUUCAGGAAAAUGGAAUUAUAUCUGAGUUUUGCUGCAGCAGCGAACAACUGCCGCAGCAGGUACAACAACAGCAUCAAGAGCACCAGCAACAGGAAAAAGAACAACAGGUUUCCUCAGACACGAGCAGCCAGUGCAAAGCUGCGGCGCCUCCGGUAGAAGCAACAGCAGCAAAAGCAGCAGUUGAUGCCUCUGCAGCAGAGAAUGGUCCUCCAGCAGCAGCAUAUGAGGGAGCCGCGGGGAAUAUUUUAGCUGCCAUUGCUGGAAGUAAAGAAGGACUCACACUAGAGUCUACUGCUUCUCUUGUGAGUAGCCGUUCGGUAGCAGCUGAAGACACAACCGCAGCAAUAACGAAACCAAAAGAAUUCGCCGUCAGUAUCACAUCGGCAGCAACAGCAUUUGAUGCCUCCCAGCAUGCAGGACACGUGCAAAGAGCACAGGCUGGAGGAGGGGCAACAGCAACAGCAUUGGGAAGAGGAAUAACAGCAGCAGGAGCACCAGGAACACCAGCAGGCAAGGGAGGAGCAGUGGCGGGGGCCACAGCAGGCCUUCCAGUAGCAGGAAGGAGGAGGGGCGUAGUGGACUGCCGACAGCCUGAUUUUGUGUCUUCUUUUUUCGAACAUUCUCGGCUCCACUUUAUUGGAGUUUGGCAAAGCCGCUGUGCUGCAAUGCUAACCCGUCUCCUCAGCAGCAGCAGUAGCAGCAGCAGCUGGCAGCAGGUUGCGCUUCCGUGGAAGGAUGCGUCUGUCACGAGCAAUUCACUGCUGCCCUUGUUGCUGCCGCUUAGCUUAACGCUGCCUAAUGAGAGUGACGUGGCUGCUGCUGCUGCUGCUGCUGCUGCUCAUUCUCCUUUGUUCGUGCAGCAUUCCAAUUCGGCGGAAGCAGAAGCACCAGCGGCAGCAGCAACACCACUUCCGGGAACGACAGCAGUCUCUGCAACAGCAGCAGGGCGCUGGAUUGUGCACGUUGACUUUGAUGCCUUCUUCGUCUCUGUGGCUCUCCUCAAACACCCGCACUUAAAAGACAAGCCGGUUGCAGUUUGCCACUCUCGGGGGGCCCAAUGUUCAACAGUCUCUCCUUCAGCAGGUACACCUGUAACAGCAAAAGCGGGCGGCACAGCAUCAUCCGCGGCAGCGCCUGCUGGAGGCGGCACUUCCGAGAUUGCUAGCUGCAACUACGUGGCGCGUGCCCGGGGUGUCUGCAAGGGGAUGUGGCUGCGCUCUGCCUUGCAUCUGUGUCCUGAGUUGUUGCUGCUGCCGUACGACUUCGCUGGAAUCGAAGCUGCUAGUGCAGGCCUCUUUAAAGCCGCCCUCUCUCUCUCACGCAGACUGGCGCCCAUCUCAUGUGAUGAGACGUUCAUCCAGAUUUGUUUCCCGCUGCUGCAACAGACACAGGAGGGCUUUUCUGCAGGGCCCUGCAGCUGCAGCGGCGGCAGCAGUAGCAGCAAUGGCAAUUUGUCCCAGACGAUCCACAGCCACAAUAUUAGCAACACCACCACCACCAGUAGCAGUGGAACUGGCAGAUGCACCAAUAAUAGCAGUAGCAUGAAGGCAGAUGAGGCAGCGGCAGUUGCCGAUGUGUGCGUGGCGUUGAGGGAGGCGAUAACACAAAUGACUGGCUGCACGGUUUCCGUGGGGGCUGGCAGCAACUGCCUUUUGGCCAAACUUGCAACUGCAGCAGCAAAGCCUUCAGCUGACGCUUCUGCGGCCACACCUCCAAAGAAGCACAAAACAGCAGCAGCAGCAGCAGCAACAGCGGUAGUGCAGCGGGAUGGAGUGUGUGUGGUGAGGGGUGGAGCAGCAAAUGCAGCAGCUUUUGUGGGGCCACUACGGCUGCGCGCGAUUCCCGGAGUGGGUCCUGCGGUGGCGUCUAAAGUUGCUGCUGCUGCGUCUGGAACAGCAGCACCCAAAACAUGCUGGGACGUUCAGAUAAAGGGCGAAGAGUCGCUCCAGUUGCUGCAGGCUGCCCUGGGACAAGCAGCCGCAGGCUCAGCAGCAGCUGCGGCUGCGCCUGCUGCAGCUGGAGCAACCAGCAACAUGCCACCCAAGGGCUCUCUGAGUAUAUCUGUUAAUUGGGGUAUUCGCCUUCAGCAGUAUUCCGAUCUCCUUUGUCUCCUCAAACAAAUCGCAGAAGAAGGAGAGAAGAGACUCAAAUCCAACCGUCUUUACACUGCCAAGAUCUCGGCAAAGGCAUGCACCCCCAUCCAGACCACCAAAUUUCUGGGGUGCGGCGUUUGUGACUCGGCGAGGGGCUCCCGUGUCGUUGGAAGCAGCAGAACCAACGGCAGCAGCAGCAGCAGCAAAAGUAGGAAUGCAGUGUUUGGGGUGCAGUCGUCGGGAGACUUGUACGAGGAGCUUCAGGCGCUGUGGAAAGAGAGUCUCAGCGGCGUAUGCCCACUGGAAGACUACCGCGGCAUCACGCUGGUGCUCCAGCAGCUGCGGACAGAGCAGCAGGAAGAGGCGCUGCGGCGGCAACAGGAGCAUCUUCAGCGCAGCCUGUUGGGAGUUGCUUUCAAAAAGAGCAGCACCAGCAGAGGCGCUAGCAACAGCAACAAAAGCUGCACCGACACUCUUGAGCCGUGCUGUGUAGUAGUAAAUCAAGUGGAGGAGGCCCAGGAUGGGUCGCCGUUAGAACGACCACAGCAGCACCAGCCGGUGGAGCAAGAGCAGCAGCAGGAGCAAGACAUGCAACAGGAGAUAGUCGGUCUAGGAACCCCACUCAAAGCAUCUUACUCACCCGUGGACUGCUGCUUUAUUACUACGAGCGACAACAGUGACAGCUCCAGCAGCGCCAAAGAGGCACGCACGCCAGUAAGGGUGGCACCAGGCCGAAUUAGGGGCAGCGCCACCGCUGCUGCUGCUGCCUCCGCUGCUGUGGAUAGUUUGCAUGACUGCCACCGGUUGCUGGGAACUUCAGAGCUGGAAACUCCGGAGAGACGUAUCCAAACUCGAGACGGAAGCUCGCCGGUGCUCACGGGGCAGCUACAGCAGCUGAGGAGUGUUCGUACCCCUGAGAGUCAGGCCUCAACUCCUCUCUUGAGAACCCCAUUGGUAGACAGAGUUCAACGCAUGCAGACAACGGAUAACGGAAACAGCAUUAAGGGUUCACACAGCAAUAAAAAGAGGAAACGUUCAGCAGCAGGAUUAACUGCUGGUGCUGCAGAUUGCGGAAAGUCCCCUAUGACGACUCAGCGGAGCCUGGAGGAGUUCUUGCCAGGAGGUGCCCGAUCCCCUCAGACCCUUCUGAAGGAGCCGCAGCAGCAGUGCAGCACCACCACUGCUGCAAGGGGUCGUCUGCUUUAUGCUGCUGCUCCAGUUACUGUUGCUGCUGCUGGUAGUUCUCUACCGAAUGUUAUAUCUUUACUGACGCAAAAUAUAGACAGUAGUAGCAGCGAGAUGUCAUCUCAGCUCCCUUCCCAGCUGCAGCAGCAGGAACGCGGGGACUGUUGCUGCGGCGCUGCUGGCAGUAACGGCUGUUGCUGCGAUCCGGAGAAGUGCAUCAAGCAGUGCUUGUUGCAUAUCUUUCCCCUCUGCGGUGCCCCACAUCGCCUACCGCUCUCUGUCCGCAUACCUGCUGCAGCUCAGCCUGUGAUGCAGCUUUUGUUACUUCACGCUGCUGCGACGGGAGCCAACGCAGCGAGCCUUGAGGGCAAGUCUGCCCACGUUGUCGCUGCAGUUUCUAGCCGGAUUGCUGCUGCUGCUGCAGAUAACGGCACUGUUUCCCCCCUUGCAUGCAUUCACCAAGCACAGCCGCCUGGUGCUGCUGCAACGGGUACCCCCAGCGUCUCUACUGUCAAUAAAGGCAUUUCUGAGAGGCGUCCUACAGAUCGUGACGCUUCUUCAUACAGCAUCGAGCACGUUGAUGCCCCAGCAGCAACAGGUUCUGCUGCCCCUCACGAGAUUCAUGCUGCAGCAGCCUCUGGCCAAGCACAAGUACCUUCGUCAAAACUCAGUGAUCCUGUAGAACAGCCCGAGGACCCCGUCGAGAAGCCGCCGUCAGAAGAAGCAGCAGCUGUUUCCGAGGCAGCAUAUUGGGAGUGUGUCGCUGCUGCUCUGGAAGGAUUUGGAGGGGUCUUGACAGCUGUCAUUGGGAAUCUGGUGGCUGUCGGUGCUCACGAGGAGCGGCAGCUCCUCGUCGCCUGCUUUGGCCUCUUCUCCUCCACCGUGCACAAGACGCCUUCUUAUGUUGUUGAAGACUCCACCCGGCUGGUGGUGCAGCUGCUGUAA